AUGGAUCGACUUGUGACCUCCGUCCCGGCGCUUUCGGAGGGGCACCCCGGGAAUGCGAAGCCCUCCAAUGACACCAAAUUGCAGCCCCUUCAUCCCGCCUCGCCUUUGCGCAACGGUGAGAUUGGAUUUGGUACCAUUUCUCCUAUCGAGAACGGUAGUUUCGCCUUCGACCGGGUCAUCAAGACUGGUAAAGUGCACCGUCGCAUCAAACACAAGCGCGCAUUCAAAGCUACGUGGAAAUCCGGACACCUUGUCCUUCGGCCAAAUCUCCUCUCUGUCUACAAAGAUGAAGAGGCAACCAGACUAAAGCUUUCUAUCACUUUGUCCGAAGUCACGGCCGUUGCACCUUUCAAAUCUCCCCGUUCGAAACGCCAACAUCUUUUCGCUGUCUACUGCCCCACUGGAAACUAUCGUUUUGAAGCCGAGUCGCAAAAGGAUUCAGAGGAUUGGAUUCAGCGCAUCCGCUCCGAAACACGUCUGGACGAAGAGGAAGCGGCGUUCUUAGCCCUGGCGAAGAAGAAGAAAUCACAAAAGUCGGCUUUGAAGCCAUCUUGCGACGACUCCACAUCUACUUCGUCUAGACCCAGCUCACCUGAGUUGGGAGCGUCCCUUUCUCCCAACAGCCAAGCCAGACAGUUCGCCUACCCUCUAGAUUUCUCGGCUAAUGACAUGACCUCGGAAUGGUCAGAUGGUCCCUCGAACAACACCAGCCUCCGUCCCAAGCGUUCCGCCAAUAAUCUCUCAUCUGCUCAGAAAGGUGGACAACCGCAACCGCAACCGCCACAGUCACAACCACGCGAAGGAAACCGGAAUGCGGAUGUGGGUAUCCUUCGGGACCCGGAAAGAGUGCUUUGCAAUGGUUAUCUUCAAUGUUUACGAACCAAAGGAGGCGUGCGGACAUGGAAACGAUACUGGGUUGUCUUGCGCCCCAAGAGUUUUGGCUUCUACAAAAACGAAAAGGAAUAUUGCGCAGUCAAAGUCAUCCCGAUGUCCCAAGUGAUUGAAGCAGCCGAAAUUGAACCAGUGUCCCGGUCCAAAAACUUCUGUCUUCAAGUCAUUGCCGAAGAAAAGUCAUACCAGCUAUGUACUCUUGACGAAGAAUCACUCACCAAAUGGCUGGGUGGAUUGAAGAGCAUUAUAAUCGCCCGCAAGAAAUUGGAGGCCUCAGCCUCUGCCACCGCCUAA